AUGGAUUCUAAAGAAACACAACCGCAACAGCAACAACCCAAGAUUAUCAAAAUAAGAAGGCCACGGGAGCCUAAAUCGACGGAUAAAAAAGAAAAAACCAUCAAAAUAAAGUUAACAGCACGAGAGAACAAACAUGAAGGACGGCAGAGUACGGCAUCAGACGACGAAGAAGAGCCUGAAGCUGCUAUUGAAGAACAACUUAUAUUCAGAGUACCAGAAGGGCCUAUGUGCGAAAAACUUCAUGAAUUAGUAAAGAAACGAGAGAUUCCAGCUGAUGUUAAACUACAUUUUAAAGAUAACAGAAAGGGAACAUUCACAUUUGAUGGUAAAGAACACGACGUAUUACUUGUUGAUUUGCCUACUAUUAUUGAAGCACAAAAGACAUUGGAUAAAAAGCAAUUUUAUAAAGUAGCUGAUAUUUCACAGAUGAUCCUGGUUGAUCCUACUACAGCAAAUGAGCCAUUUAUACCACAAGCAAAUGGAAGACAUGACACAGAUCCAUACAACUUUCCUCAUGGUUUAACACCACCAUUAAAGCACGUUCGAAAACGUCGUUUUAGAAAGAAGUUAUCUAAGCGAGCCAUUGAGGAAGUAGAGCGGGAAGUAGAACGGUUACUGGAGAUUGAUGCAACAGCAGAGGAUGUACAAUAUGAGGUGGUGGACGACAGAGAAAUCGAAAUGGAACAAGAAUCUGAUGCUGCAACACAAGAAAUAGACAUUGAUGAUAGUGGAGAUGAGAGUGAAAGCGAUGAAGAUCUGGCUGCAGCUAUUGAUCGUGAUUUGGAAGAAAUGGAAGAGGAAGAUGACGACGAUGAAGACGAAGAGGAAGAAGAAUCAGAUGAAGAAGAGGAGGAGGAAAAUGGACAAACAGGAGAUACAGAACAAAAACGACAAGAGAUUGCCGAAAUUAAACAAAAGAGACAAGAAAUCGCUGAACUUAAGCAAGCUAUUCAACGAAAGACACGUGAUCUAUUAACAGCACCUAAUGCUAUGCUUAAGAAUCGUUUCGAAACAGAUAUCAAUAAUCUCAAGAAAUCUCUUACAUUGAAGGAAGCUCAUCUGGCUGAAAUGAAUGAGAAGGAAAAGUAA